GGCGUGUCUGCGCGAUAUUGCCCGCGUAUUGCCCUCGUUGACAGAAAUGGUCUUCAUGAUUCAGCGAUUAACGCGGCGUGACUCGACGGACCGAUGCGAUUAAAAAGAUAUUAAAAGAUAAUCGCGUUGCGCAACGUUGCAGAACUCGAGGCGAGGGGGAUACGAAAUCGGGGGGGACUCGCGGCGGCGUGUCGUCGUUAAUCGUCGGUAGUCACGCGCGGUGCUACGCAACGGUACGUUGGACGAGACGACAGGAGGGAGAGAGAAGCUUUAUUAGAACGGAUGCAAGGUGAUCAUGAUCCGCAAUCUCUGCCGGGCGGCGUCGCCGACGAUUCUGCGAGGAAACAACGGGUCGCGGGCCAAUCACGCCAUGGCGGACGUUCUGACGGAGCGCGUGCCCUUUUCCAGGGACUUCCUGUUUCGCCAGCUUUUCGAUCCAGUGUCCAGUACUUACACGUAUCUGCUGGCCGAUAUCAACGAUAAGGUGGCGAUUCUGAUUGAUCCGGUCAUCGAAUGGGCCGAUCGUGACAAAACAAUCGUCGAGGAGCUGGGAUUGAAGCUGAAAUACGCCCUGAACACGCACAUGCACGCGGACCACGUCACCGGGACGGGCCGGCUCAAGUGCCUGUUGCCCGGCUGCAGGUCCAUGAUCUCGCGCAGCAGCGGCGCCAAGGCGGACGUGCUCCUGGAGCCGGACGAUCAGGUCCGGUUCGGCAGGCACCAACUGAGAGUGCUGCCCACCCCGGGUCACACCGAAGGUUGCGUCACGUACGUUUGCGAUGAGCAGGCGAUUGCGUUCACCGGCGAUGCGCUCUUGAUCCGGGGGUGCGGCAGAACUGAUUUUCAGGGUGGAUCCGCCGCGAUCCUGUACAAAUCCGUUCACGAGAAGAUCCUGACGCUGCCGCGAAAUUACCGGCUAUACCCCGCACACGAUUACAACGGCAGAACCGUCACCACCGUGGCCGAGGAGCGAGCCCUUAAUCCCAGACUGUCCAAGUCGCUGGAGGAGUUCGUCCGAAUUAUGAACAACCUCAACCUGCCUUAUCCCAAGAUGAUCGAUAAAGCUGUGCCGGCCAACAAAGUUUGCGGUCUGUACGAGGUGGGAGAAGAAAAGGGCGAACAAUGAAAGUUAUUGACAGCGUUGCAACCGAUGCACUAGCAGCGCUAGUAUUGUAAUUCCGCUCACUCUAUUAAUAAUGCAUGGUCCCGAUAGUUAACGUUCAUGUGUCAAUGGCGCGGUUAUUCGCGACUUUAACGCACUUUAUUAUCGAUAUUAUUAACGUUAAAAAGAGGAACAAUCGUGCACCUUGUUUUAAACAGCGGAAAGUAUUCAAGAGCAAUAUAAGUCCGGUGACAAUAUAAUGCACAGUAAUUUUUAAUAUAUAAUUCACGUGCAACAUUAA